AUUACCGUGAUUAGAAAGGCAAGAGCAUCGAAAUUCAAAAUCUCCUUUUUUUUCUGAAAAUUUUUGUACGAAAGUCGUAAUAGUAGCCCCUUCAUAAUACAAGCCCCCCUUAAAAAUUUUGAACACUUGGACAGUUUAGAAGCCCCGGAGGCUUCCAUUAUGGGGAGGGGGGGUUAAUUAACGUUCAUUUAGCCUACUCUACUAGCUUAAAGUCCCAUUUGUAAAACAACGACUUAGCAAUAGAAUUCAAGCAAUAACUCAUCUGAUAGAGAAUUUCAAGGACGACAAGAUAUGCUACCUUAGAAGUUUUAGAAUUCAUUUUUGAAAACUCAAAAAAAAUCACGGCUUUUGGAAACCUAUACGCAAUGCAGAAAGUGUAAAUUCAAUGUUAGGUAUGUAUUUUUUCAUUAACACAAACCAUCAAUUUUUUACAAUGCAGGUAGAGUAGACCGAGUCCGGACAGUAAAAAUGCGGAAAAAAGAUGAGUCUAGUUCAGUUGUCAGUGCUAAAAGAACUCGGUCUCGGUGCCGCUUUUCGGAGUCGUCGAACUUUCGUCAAAGUGCAGGAUUUUGUUCUAAGGUAUAAUGAGUGAAAAACCAUGAUCUUGCAGCAUGUUGAUGGCCAAGAAACGGUUUUUUUGCAUUCCUUCGAUUCUCAGAAAGGAGUUUUAUCUAAGAGAAAUGCUGAUGUAGAGAAAUAAUACUUCAAUUUAUGUUGCAGAAAAUCUUGAUAAAAAAGUCGAUGAAUUGAACAUUAUUGCAUCAAAAUUUCAUGGAAUUGAUACUGGCAAAUUAAAUCAGAUUGAACAUACCUCACUCAUGGCUAAACUUUAUCGAAAGACAAUUGGUGAAGGAGACAUUAAUAAAGUUAAACAUCAACGAAAUCUUCAAAUAUUAAAUCAAUUUCCAACGUUUACAAAAGAAGCAGCUAUUCAGAUUAAUAAUGUCCUUCAUAGAUUAGAAAUUUUUAAAUUUGAAAGUGAUGAGAUGAAAUUGACUGUUUCAACAAUGGAUCGAGUGCAAACAUUAUCACUGAAUAUACAUAUCGAAACAUUGAAAGAUGCUAUCAACAAGUUACAUAUGUAUCAACAACGUUUUGAUGGGCGAAUAAACGAAGCAAAUCAAGUAUAA